AUGUUCAUUAUAAACAUCAACUACUCCAAACUCUGCUAUACUAUCCGCAAAGCACAAAAAACCGUGGAGAGGACUAGAACGUUCCAGAAAACGGCUGACGCCUCGCGACCUCCGACUCUGCAACACGCGCCUUCCGACGGCAGACAACCGCGACGUUCCAGAGCGUUCCAUCGAAAACAUCCACCGAUAAGGCCGGUGCGGGCGUCCCGGCGGGCAGAAAUAGAAAAUGCAGCGCAACGGCCAAUUUAUGGCAAUUUUCAAACGUCGAACGCCGCGCCGCCGAUAAGGCUAUCGCGCGCA